AUGGCAACUAUGGCUCUCUCAUCCCCAUUCACCGGGAAGGCCAUUCCUUUAAACACGCAGACAGAGUUCUCAACCGUCCAAGGCAAUGGUAGAGUUUCUAUGAGGAGGGCAGCCAGAAAGCCAGCUGUAUCAUCAGGCAGCCCCUGGUACGGCCCUGAUCGUGUCAAAUACCUCGGACCAUUCUCUGGUGAGGCGCCAUCUUACCUAACCGGCGAAUUCCCCGGUGACUAUGGUUGGGACACCGCUGGACUCUCAGCUGACCCUGAAACUUUUGCCAAGAACCGUGAACUCGAGGUUAUUCACUCAAGAUGGGCAAUGCUUGGGGCUUUGGGCUGUGUUUUCCCAGAGCUACUCUCCAGAAAUGGAGUCAAGUUUGGUGAGGCAGUGUGGUUCAAAGCUGGAGCUCAAAUCUUCAGUGAGGGUGGCCUUGACUACCUUGGAAACCCAAGCCUAGUUCAUGCACAGAGCAUUCUAGCAAUAUGGGCAACUCAGGUGGUUCUCAUGGGUGCUGUUGAGGGUUACCGCAUUGCCGGAGGACCACUCGGUGAGGUCACUGACCCACUGUACCCAGGAGGCAGCUUUGACCCUUUGGGGCUUGCAGAUGACCCAGAGGCAUUUGCAGAGCUUAAGGUGAAAGAACUCAAGAAUGGCCGACUUGCCAUGUUCUCAAUGUUUGGGUUCUUUGUGCAGGCUAUCGUUACUGGAAAGGGCCCUAUUGAGAACCUUGCUGAUCAUCUCGCUGAUCCUGUUAACAACAAUGCCUGGGCUUAUGCCACCAACUUCGUACCCGGCAAGUGA